ACUCGCCAUUUUCCAAGCUCUGGCUCUCUUUUGUUUCAUCUCAUCUCCCUCAACUCCAUCUUCUCUCUCCUCCUCCGCCAGCCCUGAUAUUCCCCGUGAGCCGGUUUCGGGACAAGGGGUGUUUGACGCCAGUAGUUCGAAACACAGCAACAUCCAAACUAUCAUCCCACCAACGCUUACAAAACACACCAUCCACCCCACCACCAUCUAUUAAUAUCUGCCUGUCCCGCGGAUCGAUCGAUCGAUUCGAACUUCCCAUCUUGAGCCUCAGCAUCUUACUUGAUACCCGCACGUGCGCAUAGCGACCAUGGCAAAGCCGCGGCUGAUUAUCCUUAUCCGCCAUGCCCAAUCCGAGGGCAACAAGAACCGCGAGAUACACCAGACAAUCCCCGAUCACCGCGUCAAGCUCACGCAAGAUGGCUGGGCUCAGGCCCACGAGGCUGGCCGCCGCCUGCGCAAGCUGCUCCGCCCGGACGACACCCUCCACUUCUUCACCUCGCCGUAUCGUCGCACACGAGAGACCACAGAGGGCAUCUUGGCCACUUUGACGUCGGACGACCCCGAACCCUCGCCCUACCGUCGAUCCAGCAUCAAGGUCUACGAGGAGCCUCGUCUCCGGGAGCAGGAUUUUGGCAACUUCCAGCCUUGCAGCACCGAGAUGGAGCGCAUGUGGCAGGAGAGGGCCGACUAUGGCCACUUCUUCUACCGCAUCCCCGACGGAGAGAGUGCUGCGGAUGCCUACGACCGGGUUAGCGGCUUCAACGAGAGUCUGUGGCGCCAGUUUGGCGAGGACGACUUUGCCAGCGUGUGUGUCCUAGUUACUCACGGCCUCAUGUCUCGUGUAUUCCUCAUGAAGUGGUAUCACUUUUCUGUCGAGUAUUUUGAGGACCUUCGAAACAUUAACCAUUGCGAGUUUCUCAUUAUGCGCAAACAAGAUAAUGGCAAGUAUCAUCUGGAGAACAAGCUACGCACUUGGUCCGAGCUGCGGAGGGAGAGGACACAAGCCAUUAAAGACAAGGAAAAGGACGACGAGGACAAGAGUGGCGAGAGCUCCAAGGAUUCCAAGGACUCCAAGGACUCCAAGGAUGCUAAGGAUGCCAAGGAUGAUUUCAAGCUUCAACACACUCAGAGCUUCGUUGCCGUACGUCGGUGGGGAGGCUGCCCGAAUGGCUGCAACCAUGCUGCUCAUUACAACAGCCAUCAGAGGGCGGCACAUGUGCCACGGCACGAGGAAAAGGGUUCUGCCACGAAUCUCGCCGCAAGGAGACAGCAACGCCACAUAUCGAACAGCUCUGAUGAGGGCGACAACGAAGAAUCUCCAAAGGAAACCAAGAAGAAAGUUAACAUCGAAGCGGCUCGGGCUCUUGACGAGAUUGUUUCCUCUCCUGACGGCACACCGUCCUUUAUCACCGCGGAGGAUCGAAUACGCCACAUCAAAGCUGCUCAUUUACACGUCGGACGGGAUGCCGGCGGCACGUACUCAGGUCACCCCUCGAUUGCGGGUAGUGACACCGAGGCAUCGGACGAUGAGACUGCUCGUCGCACCCGUAUGGCGUCCCUAGAUUCUCGAAUUAAAUCUGGCAGCGCACUGGCUAACCGCCUUGGAGAUGAGCCUGGGCCAGAUGCCAGCGCAGCGGACCAUGAGCCCGAGGCGGAGGAUCUAGACGAGGUCGAAAAGGAGGAUAAAAGUAUCAUGGGAAGCGUAUUCUGAAAAGAAAAAUUGUCGUUGCAUUGGGCUGGAUAAGCGUGACAGACGAAGCGACUUUGGUACUGUUUUGUUUGGGGUGAUUUGAUACCUAUAUAGACUGGAUUGUCUGGAUGUUAUAAGUUGGGAAACAAAAGCGUUGGCUUUACUGUUAGAUGGAUUAUGGAAUAUAUCGAUAUUACAUCAUCUUGAGGUGCUGGGGCAGUUUUGGAACGGAUAUCAACUUUAUUAACUAUAUCUCUUCCUAUGGCUAAUUUGCUAACAACAGCGUUUUCACUUCUCGGCCGUCUGUCGCCAUGGUAUCCCCAUUAAAAUACCCUUUCCCCUACCUAAAGCGCAUGAAAAUGUCGCGAAAUUUCUCAAGAAGCUGGUGUGAACCCAGCAAAAAAUGUCAAAAAAGUUUUCUUCUUCACCCUUGUUUUUUCCCCCACCACUCAGCCAUCCGUUUAUAGAAAGAAACCCCAAAGUCCAUGCCCUCCUGGUAUUGGAAAGACGACAGGAUGGCCCCUUGUUUUUUCUCCUCUCCCGUCCUAUUUCUCGAAAACAACAAUGUCAACAGUCAGAUUAAUACAAAAGACCAAAUCAAUAGCAAGCAUGCAGCACGCAAGACGACGAGGCCAGGAAGUGGAAAAAAAAGGAAAGAGAAGAGUGGAAGAACAGAAGAAGGAUGAGGAUGAGGCUAGAAAUAUAAUCCCCUAAUAUGAACAGAGUAGAAAAAAAAACACACACACACACACACAAACCCCAUCUUGCCUGCAUACAAAGUGGUCGCUCCGACCCCUUGAAAAAAGAAUAAAGACAAAAAUCCUAAAGAAAAAAAAACGAGCUCCGUCCAUUCCUGUCCUUUAUUUAAUUAACCCUUUGCCCAGUCUUUCCCAGCCGUAGCCCUGAAUAAUUGCCUCCCUAGUCUUUUUCCCCUGUCUUGCCAAUCUGAUGCCAGCGCUAAGAACAGAGAAGAGAAGAAAUUCCAUGAAGAAGAAGAAAAAAUAAAAGGCGAAAAAAAGAAGAAAACAACAAGAAUACAACCCGUCCAUCUUUCCAUCUCACCCUAAAAGCAACCAUAGAAUGACUCAAGUGGCCCUAAAAAAUCCGUCAAGAGGGCCCUUCAAAACAUGAUUUUGCCUGCUGUAGAACGUGAUACCACAAGACUGCUCGGCUCUCCAAUGUUAUUCAGAUUAGUCAUGAAGAGCGAGAGAGAAAGAUGAAGAGAUAGAAAGAAGGAGGAAGGUGAUGAUGAUGAUGGCGGUGAUGCAGUAGAAGAAAUAAGAAGAAAAGGGGGCCCAAGAGAAGAACUUUUUGUACAUCCUCUAAAAGCCGCCAACCUUUGCCAAAAGAUUUCCCAGCAGAUAAUGCGGGCUGUGAAAAAGAAGUAAAGCCUUUUAUGGCAACAAGAAGAAGAGAGAAAAGAAGCUUAGAAAAAUCUGGACAUGGCCCUGCUGAGAUC